GAAGUCUUCACUAAUUUAUACAAAAUAAAAAUUGUUUUUUUUAAUCGUGAAAGAAGAAAAAAUAUAGUUAAUACUACUAUAUAUUGUAUUUUAGGAAAUAAUGAAUGAGGGUGGAAUCAUGUAGGCUAAUGGCUAAGCAAUAGUGUGGUCUUGUGUUGUGCCAGCUAGGAACCCCAAGGGGAUCCAAAGAACCUCGCGCAAGGGUAUAUCCGCCAUUGACCCUCAUCUUCUAUUACACAACUCUUCCGUAUUUAAGACACUUCAACUCUUCACAUGACUUUCAAAAUCUCCAUCUUCUCUCGUGUUUUGCUGUGUAUAUAUAUAUAUAUUUAAUAUUUAUUUAAUUUUCUGGAUCAAGAAGAGAGAAAAGUUCUGAUUGUUUCACGAAGACUCCAACCUACAACAAUGGCGGUUUAUGUCGAGAAGAAACACUGGUGGCUCCGUAACAAGAAGAUCGUGGAUAAGUACAUGAAGGAAGCGAAGAAUCUAAUAGCGAGCCAAGAUCCAAACGACGUCGAAUCAGCUCUAAACCUCCUCGACUCUGCUCUCUCCGUAUCUCCUCGCUACGAACUCGCUCUCGAGCUCAAAGCCAGAUCGCUUCUCUACCUCCGUCGAUUCAAAGACGUCGCCGAUAUGCUCCACGAUUACAUUCCGAGUCUUAAAUUCUCCGGCGAAGACUCCGGCAUCGGUUCGUCGGAAUCUUCUCGUGAAUCGGUUAGCCUUCUGAACGAGUUACCGAGUCACGGGGGUGUGUCUGGUGACUCGUCUUUUAAAUGCUUCUCCGUCUCCGAUUUGAAGAAGAAAGUCAUGGCAGGGUUGAGUAAAAACUGCAACGAACAAGGGCAAUGGAGAUACUUGGUUCUUGGUCAAGCGUGUUGCCAUCUUGGUUUAAUGGAGGAGGCGAUGGUUCUUCUCCAAACCGGUAAACGGUUAGCCACCGCAGCGCUCCGCCGUCAGAGCAUUUCCUUAUCCGACGACAGCUUCAUCCUCUUCUCCUCCGCAGACGGCGCUUCCUCUCCUCCCUCCUCCGCGCGAUAUCUCACCGAAUCCGAUCACGUGCUAUCUCACAUUAAGCUCCUCUUGCGGCGCCGCGCCGCCGCACUCGCCGCUCUCGACGCCGGACUCUACUCCGAAUCAAUCCGCCAUUUCUCCAAAAUCCUCGACAGCCGCCGCGCAGCGCCGCAGGGCUUCCUCGCCGAGUGCUUCAUGCACCGCGCCUCGGCGUACAGAUCCGCCGGGAGAAUCGCUGAGUCCGUCGCCGACUGCAACAAGACCUUAGCGUUGGAUCCGUCGUGCCUCCAAGCGUUGGAGACCAGAGCGGCCUUGCUCGAGUCCGUGCGGUGCUUCCCCGACUCGCUUCACGAUUUGGAGCACUUGAAGCUUCUCUACAACUCGAUUUUACGUGACCGGAAACUUCCCGGUCCGGUUUGGAAACGGCACAAUGUCCGGUACAGAGAGAUACCGGGGAAGUUAUGCGUUUUGACGUCGCGGAUCCAGCAAUUGAAGGAGAGAAUCGCGAACGGAGGAAUCGGAAACGUUGAUUACUACGCUCUGAUGGGAGUCAGACGCGAUUGCUCGAGAUCGGAGCUGGAUCGAGCUUACUUGCUGCUCAAUUUAAAGCAUAAACCGGAGAGAUCAAUGUCGUUUAUUGACCGGUUUGAGUUAACCGAGGACGAGGAGGAAUUAGACUCGGUUAAGGACCGGGCGAGAAUGUCAACUCUAUUACUAUACAGAUUGAUUCAAAAAGGUUACUCCGUUGUCACAAGUGACCUUGCGACGGCGGAGAAGCAGCGCGCGGGAACGGGAACGCCGAUUAGAGCGGGUGCGGUUGCUGCGAAUAAUAACGUGAAUGUGGUGGAAGGAGUGUUUUGUAGAGAUUUGACGGUGGUUGGGAGUUUGAUUGCACGGACCGGGUUUAACCAACCGAUUCCGGUUAAGUACGAAGCGCUUAGUUGCUGAUUUUGUAUGUACAAUAGAAAAAGACAGAUCACAUUGGAUGAAAUUAUGGAUAAUAAGAAUAUUGUCUGCCCGAGAUUUUUUGGA